AUGGAGGAAAAGCAUAAACAAAGAGAAUCCAAUUUCUUUACCUUUCUUCAAGAAACACUCACCUUUCUUUGCUCAAACACUCUAUUCUCCACCAUCUUCACUUUCUACACUGUCAUUCUACUGUACUUCCCAGCUUUUUUUCACGGACUCAUUUUCUCCCCCGUCCUAAUUUCCACCUCAAUUAUCUUACUCUAUCUUCUCCGUCUCGGAGCAAGUCAAAAAACCCAGAAGGAAAAUGGAUCCCAUUCCCUGGAAUUCGAUUCCACCCAGAUACUAUUGCCACAGAAUGAAGAAUUUUCUAGUCAUGAUCUCAACCGGGUUUCGUGUGAAUCCCAUAGCGACCCGAAUCAGAAUUUGAAUCUGGGUCCAAGUUUUUUGGCUGACUGUUUUGUGGAAUGGGACGUGAGGGCACCAUUGGAGGUUAUACAUGAAGAAUACGAGGGUGAAGAAGAAGGAAACCAGGGGUUUUGGGAGGAAAAGAGAGAGGCACAGAUGGCUAUAAUUGAAAAAUACGCAUCUUUGUCACUGUAUUACCCGGAAACAGACACAGACACUUCAUCGGAAGGAGAUUCCCCGACGAUCGAAGACUGGGAGUCAUCUGAGAAUUUGUGCUUCCGGUGGGAAGAGGAUGAUAAAGAAGGGUUGAUAGAGAUUGAACUGAACGGGAAGAAGAAUAAUAGUGAAGUCGAUGAAGAGAAUUUGAUUGAGAUUGAUCUUUUCCCGUCGAGAUGA